UGUGUGUUACGUUCCUGGGAAGGUUCUACCAGAGUCUAAAGGACAACGAUGUUGAGUUCACACCUGCCAGUAUUGAAAAGGAGCUCUUGAAAUCCUGCAAAGAAGCAAAAGGCAAAGAGAACCGCCUGUGCUAUUACAUUGGGGCCACAAGUGAUGCAGCCACCAAAAUAAUUAAUGAGGUAUCAAAGCCCAUGAGUCAUCACAUCCCCGUGGAAAAGAUCUGUGAGAAACUAAAGAAGAAAGACAGUCAGAUCUGUGAACUAAAAUACGACAAACAGAUCGACCUGAGCACCGCCGACCUGCGCAAGCUGCGCGUCAAGGAGCUGCGGCGGAUCCUGGACGACUGGGGCGAGGCGUGCAAGGGCUGCGCCGAGAAGUCCGACUUCAUCCGCAGGAUCCAUGAACUGAUGCCCAAGUACGCGCCGCGGGCGGCCGGUGCCCGCGCAGACCUCUGA